GACAUCAUGGCAGGAAGGCAUCAGAAUCGGGGCUUUCCUCUGUCAGGGGUUCAGUCAAGUGCUCAAGUAAAUGCAUAUGGCAAUUGUACAGAUAGCGACGUGUUAGAGGAGGAUGCUGAAGUGUAUGAACUUCGAUCCAGAGGAAAAGAAAAAAUCCGAAGAAGUACAUCAAGAGAUAGACUUGAUGAUAUUAUACUAUUAACAAAAGAUAUACAGGAAGGAGAUACUUUAAAUGCAAUAGCCCUUCAAUAUUGUUGUACAGUAGCAGAUAUCAAGAGAGUUAAUAAUCUCAUCAGCGACCAAGACUUUUUUGCCCUUCGGUCUAUCAAAAUUCCAGUAAAAAAAUUUAGCUCAUUGACUGAAACACUUCCUCCAAAAGGAAGACGCCCAUCGCCUGUGCAGUAUGCUUCAGAACUACAGGACAUUUUGCCAGCUAAUGAUUCUCUUUCUUCCAGUGAGUCAGCUGGUAGCUUUUUAAAAGAAGUGGACCGAGACAUAGAACAAAUAGUAAAAUGCACAGACACCAAACGAGAGAACCUUAAUGAGGUGGUAUCUGCCUUAACAGCACAGCAAAUACAUUUUGAACCUGAUAACAAAACCACUCAACGUAAGGAUCCCUAUUAUGGGGCAGACUGGGGUAUAGGAUGGUGGACUGCAGUAGUGAUAAUGUUGAUAGUAGGUAUAAUAACGCCAGUGUUUUAUUUGCUGUAUUAUGAAAUUUUAGCUAAAGUGGAUGUUAGUCACCAUUCAACAGUGGAUUCUUCACAUUUGCAUUCAGCUGUCACGCCUCCAUCACAGCAGAGAGAAAUGGAAAAUGGAAUCGUCCCAACAAAAGGAAUACACUUUGGUCAACAAGAUGAUCAUAAAUUAUACAGUCAGAAUUCUCAGUCACCUGCUGCUCAACAUAAAACGUAGCAAUUAGUUCAUUAUCAUUACUUAGUGAUCACCUGUGUGUCUGGACUGUUGCAAAUCCAAUAACCACUUACAAAGCAGUAUUUAGGGAG